AUGUACUUGCAAAUGGAAAACCCAGCUGCAAAUCAGCUUCCUGAGGCUGAUUCAUUGCCUGAUGGAUUUGUUGAAAGCGCAGCAGAACCAUUGGCUCCUUCUACUCCGACGCCGGAGCAAGAAAAGCCGGUGACUGAUUAUAAGGAGGAGAAAUUACUAGAACCCGAUUUGGGACCCAAAUUUGUAGUCAAUGAUUUUCAGUCGAGUGAGUGCGAUACAGUGCAGAUUCAGAAAUUGAGGACUUUUCCUGUUGCAUUAUCUGAAAAUGAUACUUUUGAUGCUUUGCAAAAGUCCGUUGACGUGAUCAAUGAGGAUCAUAUAGAGAAGAAUGAAGAUAUAUUAGUGGUAGGUGUAGAGGCUAGUUCUGGCUCUGGGGAUGCAGUGAAAGAAAUAGGAGAGAGACUGGGUGGUUCGGUUCUUGUUGAAGAGCAGGUUAAAAGGAAGUGUCAAAGCUCAGAGAUAGCAAUUGAGGGAGGCUUAGAUCCACAACCAACCCAUGCCAAGGUGAUAUCUUCAGUGGAGAGUGUUGAAAGCAACAAAAAAACAGAAGCCUCUGAAGUGAAACGUAAGAAUGCAAAGCGUACCUUUAAAUCAGAGAAAGAGUUUCUAGAGUUCACUUUGAAGUAUCAACAAGUUCUUGCGGAAAGAGAUGGAGCCAUUGCAGUUCGAGAUAAACUUGAGUCAUUGUGUCGGGAGUUGCAGCGUCAAAACAAAAUGUUAAUGGAUGAAUGCAAACGAGUGUCAACCGAGGGUCAAAACUUGAGAUUAGAUCUGUCGACGAAGUUUCAAGAUGCAAUUAAGGGUCUCACUGAAAUGUGGAAAGCUGGAAAAUGCCCUUUUCCAGUCUUUCUGGUUAUCAGGAGGGUCAAUGAUUUCAUUAAUCAGCCAUUUCCGGCAUACAUGAGGAGAGUUAAAGAAUGCACAGGUAUAACUAUAUUGGAAAAAAGGUUAAGAAUCAAGUUGAAGCAAUUUGCUGAUCAGUAUGCUCUUUCUGAACAGCAACAUUCACAGAAGUAUGCUCUUUCUGAACAGCAACAUUCACAGAAGUUGAAGCAGAAAACGUUGGAACUUCAAAUUGCCGAAUUGAAAAUACAGCAGCAUGAGGAGAAGUUAAUCCAGGAACAGUCGCAAAUGAAAUUGUAUGCAGAGCAAGUCUCACAAUUAUUGGCAACUGAAAAGAAUUUGCGGUUGCAGUUGACGGCUGAUGGAGAAAAGUUUCAGCAAUUCCAGACUUUGAAACUCGUGGUGUUGACAAAACCAUGGAAGAGUGAUAUUUUGGUGCAUAUGAACAUUUGA